AGAGUCACUCACUCACUCACUCAAGCAUGGCGGAAAAUGUUGGAAGCGACUCCAGCGAACUCGGGAGCAUCACUUCUUCCCAGCAAUCUUACCUCAAGAACUGUCCUUUCGCCGGCCACGAAGCUUCUCCGACGAAUUCUGACAACACCGAGAUCCUCAGUAACAAGAUUUCGCCAGCGGUUGUUAUAAAGACUCCGGUUCUCUCGUUUUCUUCUCCGACCAGCCUCGAUUCCAUCAAAGAUGACGUAUUUCGUACUCCUCCUGAGAACGCUUCUCCCUCCUUUGCCGCUGAUUCGGAUCCUGGAGUUAGGUUUUCUGAGAUGAAAUCUCAUAAAGGUUCGAAUUUUAAAUCUCCGUAUUCAAACGCCGAGACAACGCUUCUUUCUUCUCCACCGUCGGAAAAUUUUAGGGUUUCGCAGUCGAAUUCAAAGUCUCCGUCUUCUACGGCAGCGACGACCCCUGUUUCUGCUUCACCGUCGGGAAAAGUUAGGGCUUUGAAGGAGAAGUCGAUCUCUCCGUCUUCUACAGCCGCGACGACGCCUGGUUCUCCUUCACCGUCGGGAAAAGUUAGGGUUUUGGGGACGAAUUCGAAAUCUCCGUCUUCUACGGCCGUGACGUCCCCUGUUUCUGCUUCACCGUCGGGAAAAGUUAGGAUUUUGGAGACGAAUUUGAAAUCACCGUCCUCGACGGCUGAGACGACGCCUGUUUCUGCUCCACCGUCGGAAAAAGUUAGGGUUUCGGAGUCGAAUUCGAAAUCUUCGUCUUCUACGGCUGAGACGACCCCUGUUUCUGCUCCACCGUCGGAAAAAGUUAAGGUCUUGGACACGAAUCGUUCUUUUCCUUUUGUGGCUAAUAAUGGAGCUCUCAAGUCUCCUCCUGGGAGAGUUGUUAAUCUCGGUCCUUCGUCUGCAACUGAAGGGGUCUCUGAAACGGAAGACUCUGGUGAAGUUAUACCUUUCAAAGAAAUUAUUGAAGCCCUUCUUCGUAACAGUGGAGAGAAGCUUGAUGAAAGAGAUGAAAACGUC